AUGACCAAGAAUCUCAGCUUCGACGUUUACUACUCCAACGAGCUCGCCCAUGAGCAGUUCGGCGACGACAAGUCCCUCAUCGAACAUCUCCGCGAUAUCUAUGAUGGCGAGGACCUAGUCUUCCCCGACACCUUCGAGCACAGCGACACCACACCCCCGGUGCAGUAUCUCACCGUCGAGGCUCCUGACGACAUGACAGUCGAGGAGUUGUACGAGGUAGAGGUUCCUCGGGGAUUGAUGGUGAGGAUUGAGGAGUUGCCGCAGUAG